AUGCCGUCCAGUAGGUGCUUACUGGGACUUACUAUUGGUAUAUUACUUGGAGGAGUCGCUCUAGCGGCUAUCAUUACAUUAUGGAUACAGAAUCGACAGAGCACAACGACUGCAACAGUGAGCACAAGUUCAACAGCUGCGACAAUCCCGACGACUGUAGGAACAACUACCACAGUUAACCUCCCUGCGCAAUGUUCAACCUAUGUAUCAAAUACAGACGCAACUCGAAGUGCCACCUAUUCUGGAGUAGGCUCGUCGACCUGUGACAACCCAACCCCAUUCGGCUCCAAUCCUGCAUGGGUUCGCUUUUCAGGUGCCGCUGGAACACAAUUAGCCACUACCGUGGUAAAUUCAUCUCUCUGUAGCACAAGCGCUACUGGAUGGUAUUCUGGCGUGAUGCCAUCCUCGGCUGGAACCACAAACAAUGGAACUGUUUGUUACAAUUGGACAGGUUUGAGUUGUUGGCAAUCGAAUAUAAUUUCGGUGACAAACUGUAAUGGCUACUAUGUGUUCUUACUUCCCGCAACACCGAGUUGCUCUUAUCGUUACUGCACUAGCUGA